AUGACUUGUUUACCAGAGAAAACUGUUUGGAAUUUUGGUGUGGUGCUCAUGAGGAUUGAGUGUGGGGAGAGAGAAUCAGAAGAGAAGAGGCUCCCUUUAAAGAUUGGAGACCUUAGCAAGCAUGAAAGGCUGGGGAAAUUUGGUACUUCUUGUUGGUAUGCUUCUUGGGCUAAUUGGCCCACUUGGAGACUUGGGUUUGUUGCUUCUUGGGGUUUUGAAGGGGAUUUCUUGCUCAGAAUUCCAUGUUCAAACCAAUAUGACUCAAAGAGGCUGAGAAGGUCUCCUUCUCCUUCUUCUUCUUCUGCAACCGUUUUUUUUAAAAUUUUUUAA